AUGGCGGACGAGUCACCAACAACAGAAGAAAGGCCAGCGCCUGUGAAAUGGGCAGCCAAGGUGCUCCAAGAACUUGGCCUCACAUCACUGUUCGCCUCCACGCUGGACACCAAGAUUCUCUGCCUGCAGCGCUUCGUGCGACUAUUCGCAUACGGAGCCUCCACUUUGAUCCUGGCAGCAUACCUGGCCGACCUGGGACACAGCAAGGCGCGAAUUGGCUUGUUCAUGACCCUCACCUUGGCAGGCGAUGUCCUCAUCAGCUUCUUCUUGACCUUGGUCGCAGACAAUCUGGGUCGCAGGAAGGUCUUGGCUGCUGGCGCUCUGCUCAUGGCGGCAAGCGGCCUUGUAUUUGCGCUCACUGGCAAUUACUACGCUCUGCUUGCUGCUGCCGUCCUGGGCGUCAUCACACCAAGCGGAAACGAGAUUGGUCCAUUCCGUGCUGUGGAAGAGUCCAUGAUUGCACAUAUCACGCACGCUGAUCAUCGUAACCACGUGUUUGCUUGGUACACGCUCUUUGGAAUCGGAGGCACAGCUCUCGGCCUGAUCACCUGCGGUUGGGUUACCGACCUGCUCAUAAACAAGCAACACUGGAGCACGGUCGAAGCAUACCGCGCUGUCUACAUCGGCUAUGCUAUUGUUGGUGCAAUCAAGUUCCUGCUCACUUUGCUCCUGAGCUCUCAAUGCGAAGCCGACAAGCAGCCCGAGCGCGCAGACGCCACCGAGACAGCUCCUCUCCUGAACGGCUAUGCUCCUGAUGGUGAUGAGGCUGGCAAACCCAAGAAGCCAAGCCGGUUUUCGCUGAUUGCAAAUAUCAGCCCGGCAAGCAGAGCCGUUCUGGCGCAGCUAUGCCUGCUGUUUGCUCUUGACAGCUUCGCCUCCGGUCUAGCUCCAUUAUCUUGGGUCACAUUCUACUUCCACGAGAGGUUCGGCAUGAGCGAAGGCAGGGUUGGUACGCUCUUCUUCAGCUCCUCUAUCGUGUCAGCAGCAUCAAUCCUCGUCGCGGCAUCCAUCGCAAAGCGGAUCGGCAAUGUCAAGACUAUGGUAUUCACUCAUCUACCGAGCGCUAUCUGCCUCGCGCUCAUCGGCAUACCGUCUUCGCUCCCGCUGGCCAUGAUGUUCGUCAUUCUCCGCGCCUGUACGCAAUCCAUGGACGCGGCGCCUCGAUCGGCAUUCCUGUCUGCAGUGGUUCUGCCGGGCGAGCGAACGGCGGUGAUGGGCACGAUUAACAUGGUCAAGACGGCAAGUCAGAGCAUCGGGCCGUAUGUCACGGGCGUGCUUGCAGGGAAUGGGCUCUUCUGGGUGGCGUUCCUCACUGCGGGAUGCCUGAAGGCGACGGUUUUUGGCCGGAACCAGAACCAGAACCAGAACCAGAACCAGAACCAGAGCCUGAACCAGAGCUCUGAGAGAGACGAGGAAGAGGAGGAAGAGGAGGAAGAGGAGGAAGAGGAGGAAGAGGAGGAAGAGGAGGAAGAGGAGGAAGAGGAGGAAGAGGAGGAAGAGGACGGGGGUCUCUCUCUUUUCUCACGUUCGCUUAUUGCUUAUCUUCCGGCAUGGUAG